GCUGCGAGGAAACAUCAGAAAGUCGCUCUAGCUCCUCCAGAAUGAGCUUUUGGAACUUACGUCGCUAAAGGAAUACGGUUUCCCGCUCAAUAACAUCUCCUGAGCACAUCCUGCGCUUGAUGUGUUUUUUUAUCACCACGAACGACGGAUUUGUUUAGUAGGCAGCUGCCUUUCUUCAUAGUUUUAACGGACCACUGUGUUCGCUUUGCUGGGGAAGGACCUCUUCAGUGUGCACGCCUUUACAAAUGUCUUUAUAAUGGAGGAAAAUGCUUAUUGUGUUUCAGCUUUUUCCUUUUAGAGUUUGUUUUAACCGGUGAAUAUUCACAGCAGCUGUUUGCCGGCGCCAGCUGAGUCUUCUCCAUGUAGGUUUUGUAUAAAACAUUAAGUAAAGUUCUUUGGCACUUUAAUGAAUAGGCUACAUCAGGUGGUAACUAAUCGCGUUCGAGUUGGAAAGGAUGGCUGGCGUGGUGCGCACCCUGAGCCGGUGUCUGCUGCCCGCUGAGGCCGCUCACGAUGACAGGAACAACGAGAAAGGACGAGGAGCCCGCGAGCGCGAUGUGGACCAGGAGCGCAAGGCGAAGCGGCGCAGUCGCGAGAUCGAUGCCAUGCUCGCGCGCGAGAAGCGCUCGGUACGGCGUCUGGUGAAGAUCCUGCUGCUGGGCGCCGGAGAGAGCGGCAAAUCCACAUUCCUCAAACAGAUGAGGAUCAUCCACGGAAAAGAGUUUGACCAGAAAGCGCUGCUCGACUUCAGGGAUACGAUCUUUGAGAAUGUCAUCAAGAGGCAAAUGAUGAGGCCUGUGUUUUGGAGCAUCUACGUGUAUACGAGAACUUGA